AGAUUCGACGUCUCCAAGCAACCCUGUCUUCACAACCAAGAGCGAAAGUUGUUCUUUCUCUGGAGGCAAUAAUGUGCCAUUUCCUCCAAAGAAGUUACGGUUCCGUUUUUCCCGGUGUCGUUUGAGUUCUAGGAAAAUCAUGCUAGCAUUCAAGUGCUGGUGGCGGAAUGGCAUUUUUACUUGUCUCCCGCGUGUGACUACUUGGCACCAGUACAGCACGUCUCUGAAUCCCAAAGUAAAGCUGUGUGAAGUUCCUGGAGUCUGCUCAAGUGAGGAGUGGAAUUCAGUAGUUCGAGAGAGUUGUGCCGCCCUUCAAAACCUUGCGCCCCUCAAUCGUAUGAAAAGGCAUCAAACAAGCACCGUGUCCAUGCAUAGGGUUAUCAGAAGACUUCAGCAAUCAUCCCGUAAUAACGAUUACUUGAUCAACACUUUCAAACAGCUGCUAACCAACAGCGAGGUUACUUCCACAGAGCUCCGAUGGCCAGGUCUCAUUACCCUGUUACUGUCCAGAAGUAUUGGAAAUCCGUUCGAAGCCAACAAUUUUGUCAGUAAGGCCCUGGAAGAUGUCAUAUGGUCUUCUCAGGUUACUCUUGCGGAAAUUGUGAAUCUCCUGUAUUGCAAUUUCUUAUUCCAGAAAGAAAAUCAAAGGCUGACUUUAUCAAAAAGAACGGGAGUCAGACGAGGUGCAACUAAGAAUGAAGUCGAUCGGUUAGUAAAUCAUUAUUUUAUCUGCUCCGUCCUGAGAAAGAUGUCAUCUUUAGAGAACGAUAAGGUGCUGUUUCUAUUUGCCAAAGUGUUAGAGUCAUUUGCAACUGCUAGAUCUUCGAGCGAAGUAGCUUCACAUUGCAUUCACAACCUUAAAACAUGGGAGCAGGACACAUUUUAUCCACAAGGAUUGCUGUUAGCAACCGGAUGUCAAUCCACUCUGGAAUUAGCUGGUUAUGAUGAAAAAUUUCAACAGCUAGCGUUUGAAUUUGGAAGAUAUUUCACUCUGGCAAUAAAAGCCAAUGCUGAAAUUCAACAGUUUCUGAAUUAUCAAACAGCUCUUAGUUCAGUCAUUAAUGUUUCCAGUUUCCCGGUCGCUCUGCAUUUGUCGAACAAUCCAGAAACUUUAGCAUAUCUGUACAGAUGUCGACAGACGCUAUCUAACUUGGAUUACAGUGCGCUGAAUGCUAUUCUCAUAACCAAUGCAACAAUGGAUAAUGCAAGAAAGCAGCUGAAAGCAUACGUUGAAAAGGCCACAAGUAUUUUUCAAGAGUUCCAUAACUUCGAGAACCUUGAAGUAGCUGAACAUUUAAUGAAAUUAGUAAGAACACUGGAGAACAUUAAUGAGUAAAAUUAAGAAAUCUCUUAAUUUGAAAAUGUACUGCAUGUUGGAAGAACUAUCCCCAUCCCAAAUCAAGAAUAAAUAAGCAGCUAUGUCACAUA